AUGACCCUCCUGCUCUCUCUACUGACAGCCCUGGUGGUGUUCAGCUAUGGCCCUGCUCCAUCUCUGAGCUGUGAUCUGCCUCAGAACCACAUCCUGGCUAGUAAGGAGACCUCUGAGCUUCUGGAACAAAUGAGGAGACUCUCCCCUUUCCUCUGUCUGAAGGACAGAAAGGACUUCAGAUUUCCCCAGGAGAUGGUAGAUGGCAACCAGUUGCAGAAGGCCCAGGCCAUCUCUGUCCUCCACACGAUGCUCCAGCAGAUCAUUAACCUCUUCCAUACAAACAACUCCUCUACUGCUUGGAAUAUGACCCUCCUGCACCAACUCCACAGUGGACUCGAACGACAGCUGGAAAACCUGGACACCUGCUUGGUGCAGGCAAUGGAAGAGGAAGAAUCCAUCCCGGCAACUGAGGGCCCUGUACUGGCUGUGAAGAGGUACUUCCAGGGAAUCCAUCUCUAUCUGAAAGAGAAGGAAUACAGUGACUGUGCCUGGGAAAUUGUCAGAGUGGAAAUCAGGAGAUGCUUCUCUUCAACAAAAUUGCAAGAGAGAUUAAGAAGAAAGCAUGGAGACGUGGGUUCAUCUUGA